GGCAACGGUUAAGGCAGCGAAGAGGCAGUAACCGGCGGCGCCGGCAGCUUCCGCGUUUGCCGGGAAGGGGGGGGGUGCGAGGAGCGGCGGCGGCAGCAGCGGGAGGAGGGCGCUCGGUGGAUGGGCGGUUGGCGGCCGGCAGCGGUACCAGUACCAGUACCAGUCAGGCGGCGGUCGUUAGCUGGGGCGCAGGGGAUGAGCCUGUGAGGGCGGAGGAGCAGGGGUGGGGGUGAAGCUCGGCCAGAGCAGAGAGAUGUCCCAGCCUCAGCAGCAGCAACAGCCGCCGCCGCCACCGCCGCCGUCUCCUCAGCAGCAGCCGCUGCCUUCGGCCGCCUCCAAGAAGAGGGACCGGCGCAUCUUCUCGGGUACCUGCCCGGACCCCAAAUGUCAGGCGCGGCUCUUCUUCCCGGCCCACGGGCCGCAGAGCAGCGGCAGCAUCGAGUGCACGGACUGCGGGCAGCGCCACGAGCAGCGGCAGCUGCUGGCCGUGGAGGAGGUGACGGACCCCGACCUGGUGCUGCACAACCUGCUGCGAAACGCGCUGUUGGGCGUCAGUGGUGCCGGCCCGCCCCGCAGGAACACCGAGCUCGUCAAAGUCAUGGGCCUCUCCAACUACCACUGCAAGCUCCUGGCCCCCAUCCUGGCCCGCUACGGGAUGGACAAGCAGACUGGCAAAGCCAAGCUCCUCACAGAGAUGAACCAGGGAGACAUCUUUGACUGUUCCCUCCUGGGUGACCGCGCCUUCCUCAUUGAGCCGGAGCAUGUUGAAACCAUUGGAUAUGGAAAGGACCGCUCUGGCAGCCUCAUCUACCUGCAUGACACCCUGGAAGACAUCAAGAAGGCCAACAACAGUAAGGAGUGCCUCAUUCCAGUCCAUGUAGAUGGAGAUGGCCACUGCCUUGUCCACGCAGUCUCGCGGGCACUUGUUGGCAGGGAACUGUUCUGGCAUGCUCUGCGGGAGAACCUAAAGAAGCACUUUGAGGAGAACCUGAGUCACUACAAGGCACUUUUCCAUGAUUUUAUUGAUGCAGCAGAGUGGGAGGACAUUAUCAAUGAAUGUGACCCUUUGUUUGUUCCUCCAGAAGGUGUGCCAAUGGGCCUUAGGAAUAUUCACAUCUUUGGCCUGGCCAACGUGCUUCACCGGCCUAUCAUCCUGUUAGACUCCUUGAGUGGAAUGCGGAGCUCUGGAGAUUAUUCGGCGACGUUCCUCCCUGGCUUGAUACCCUUAGAAAAAUGCAUGGGAAAAGAUGGCAUGUUGAACAAGCCAAUCUGCAUAGCCUGGAGUAGCUCAGGACGAAACCAUUACAUUCCUCUAGUUGGAAUAAAAGGUGCUGCUUUACCUAAACUGCCUAGGAAGCUGCUUCCUAAAGCCUGGGGAGUCCCUCAAGACCUCAUCAAAAAGUACAUCAAGUUAGAGGAGGAUGGUGGCUGUGUCAUUGGAGGAGACAGAAGUUUGCAAGAUAAGUACUUGAUGAGGCUUGUUGCUGCAAUGGAGGAGGUUUUCAUGAGUAAACACGGGAUCCAUCCCAGUCUUGUAGCUGAUGUACAUCAGUAUUUCUACAGAAGGACUGGUGUAAUAGGAAUCCAGCCUGAAGAAGUCACUGCAGCUGCCAAAAAAGCAGUGAUGGACAACCGCCUUCACAGGUGCCUCAUCUGUGGGGCCCUUUCAGAGCAUCAUGUGCCUCCAGAGUGGCUGGCUCCCGGGGGGAAGCUAUAUAACCUGGCAAAAAGCACUCACGGACAACUGAGGCCUGACAAAAAUUACAGCUUUCCCCUGAACAGUUUGGUGUGUUCCUACAACCCUGUGAAGGACGUGCUGGUACCAGACUAUAGCCUGAGUAGUUUGACUGCUUGUAACUGGUGUCAUGGUAACUUAGUGCGUCGUGUCAGAGAAGAUGGAUCUGUUUUGUAUUUGGAUGGAGACAGAACUAAUACUCGGUCCACAGGUGGCAAAUGUGGCUGUGGGUUCAAGCACUACUGGGAAGGUAAAGAAUAUGACAACCUCCCUGAAGCUUUUCCUAUUACUCUAGAGUGGGGUGGAAGAGUGGUGAGAGAGACCGUUUACUGGUUCCAGUAUGAAAGUGACACUUCUCUGAACAGCAAUGUGUAUGACGUCGCCAUGAAACUUGUUACCAAGCACUUCCCUGGGGAAUUUGGUAGUGAGAUUCUUAUUCAGAAAGUUGUCAACACAAUAUUGCAUCAAACUGCCAAAAAGAACCCUGAUGAUUAUACCCCUGUAAAUAUCGAUGGUGCUCAUGCCCAAAGAGCUGAUGAUGUACAGCAAGGACAAGAUUUAGAGUCACAACUUCCAACCAAAAUUAUUUUGACUGGACAGAAGACAAAAACUUUGCACAAGGAGGAGCUGAACAUGAGCAAAGCUGAAAGAACUAUUCAGCAGAACAUUGCAGAUCAGGCUUCUGUAAUGCAGAAGCGGAAGAGUGAAAAACUGAAACAAGAGCAUAAAGGGCAACCUAGGACUGCUUCUCCUGGUGCUGCCCGUGAGGGGCCAUCAUCUGCACCUGCUACACCAACAAAAGCCCCCUAUUCUCCAACGUCUACAAAAGAAAAGAAAAUUCGAAUAACCACAAAUGAUGGGAGACAGUCGAUGCUGACACUGAAGUGCACUACCACCUUCCUGGAACUGCGGGAGAGCAUAGCAAGAGAAUUUAAUAUUCCUCCCUAUUUGCAAUGUAUUCGCUAUGGCUUUCCCCCUAAAGAGCUGCUGCCUCCCAAAGAAGGCAUGGAAAAUGAGCCUGUUCCUUUGCAGCACGGUGACAGGAUUGCCAUAGAAAUCCUGAAAGGUAAGGAGGAAGGCAGGCAGUCUGCUUCAGCACACGCGGCCCAUGCUGUGAAACAUGAAGAUAUUGCUCUGACUAGUAAAAUCUCAUCGAAAGAACUGCAAGAGCAAGUGGAUAAGGAGAUGUAUUCUCUCUGUCUUCUAGCAACACUAAUGGGGGAAGAUGUUUGGUCUUACGCAAAGGGGCUUCCUCAGUUGUUUCAACCAGGUGGAGUAUUCUACAGCAUGAUGAAGAAAACCACAGGUUUGGCUGAUGGCAAGCACUGUACUUUCCCACAUCUGCCUGGUAAAAACUUUGUAUACAAUGCAGCAGAAGACAGAUUAGAGCUGUGCGUGGAUGCUGCUGGGCACUUUCCUAUUGGUCCUGAUGUUGAAGAGUUGGUUAAAGAGGCCUUAAGUCAAGUGCGAGCAGAAGCUACUUCAAGAAGCAGGGAAGCAAGUCCUUCACAUGGAAUGCUGAAGCUGGGUAGUGGUGGAGUGGUGAAAAAGAAAUCUGAACAACUACAUAACAUAACUGCAUUUCAAGGAAAGGGCCAUUCCCUGGGAACUGCAUCUAGUAGUCAACAACAUGAUCAAAAAGCCAGGGAAACACCACUUUUAAGAAAGCAUAGCACAGAAACAGACUUCAGUCCUUCUACUAAAAUUGAGCCUUCUGUAUUCACAGCUGCUUCUGGUAACAGUGAGCUUAUCCGAAUUGCUCCGGGAGUUGUGACAAUGAGAGACAGCAGGCAGCUUGACCCCACUUUGAUUGAGGCACAGAGAAAAAAGUUGCAGGAAAUGGUCUCUUCUAUUCAGGCUUCAAUGGAUAGACAUUUGCGGGAUCAGAAUACAGAGCAGUCAGCAUCAGUUGAUCUGUCUCAAGGAAAAGUAGAGGCAGUGAGUUCAACUGCUAAAACUGGGAGCUUUCAGGCUGCCUUACCCGAAUCACUGUCUGCACCAGGUGGUACUGAACACUUGAAUACUGAAUCAACUGAUGGUAACAUGGUGAAUUCUGUGGGAACAACAUUCCCUGCAAGGUCUAAAGCACAAAAGGGAAAUUCUGUUGAGGAGCUUGAGGAGAUGGAUAGUCAAGAUGCAGGAAUCACUAAUGCAACUGAGCCAAUGGAUCACUCUUGAUAGGUUAAAAUCUAAUAAGGGUAGAAAAAAUUACUGUUCAAAUGUAAUGUUUAUUGGCUGGGCCACACAAAGUGAUUAGUUAUUAAGUCUUGUAUGUAUGUCAAAGAUUAUAUCAUCUUACUCAGUGCAUGAUAAGCGUGUGAUUGGCAAUAGCUUUCAAUAUUACCAUACUGCUGCCCAGGCUGGCUCUGUUACCUGUAAAUUAGUUAUUAGGAAAUGCACUGAGAUGAAUAUCUGCUGUAAAUGUGGGUUCUUGAAAAUUCUUCGUAAUUUUUAAUUCCUUAAAAGUCUUAAAAUUUAAGCCCAUUCUUUCCAUGCUACUUUAAGGUCACUGGAAAGGCUAGAACAGGAAUAACUAGAAACAUGACUAAAUUAAUCCUAUCCCAGGCACUUAAUUCUGCUCGAAAACACACUAUAAACAUGAAUUGUACAUAAAUUUCAAAAAGCAACUAAAACUAAACUUCUGCUAAAUUUGAUAAUGUAGCCUAUACAGUACUUCAAUUACAUUGUGCUGGCACCUCCUCCAACUUAAAACGUUCAUUCAUACAGAUAUAUAUGCUUGUCAGAAAUCUUGAAAUAAGUGUAACUUUACUAAACUCUCUAAUUUCUCCACAUUAUCAGCUUAAGCAACUUAGAAAAAAGGGUACUUAGUGUAUGAUGAAGAUAAAGUGAAUGUGGUGUGGUUGUGCAUGGCUGUCUGAGCCAACACAACCAUUUUGGUGCUCUGUUAGUAAGCGAUAGCAUGUUUUUAUUUCGUCCCUAAUACUAAACUGGUCAGAUCCUGUGCAACUUUUAACACAACUACAGGAGAGAAGGUGGCAACUGCAGGAGACAACAAAUGUUCAAUGGCAAAUCCAUUUUUUUCUUUUAAAAUACUUUGAUUACUAGCAUUGGUUAGUAAUGGCAAAAAAUAAAUAGCUGGCCUUUUCAAAGCAAAUUAACAAUAUACUGGAAGGAAACAACUCUCUUAAAAUAUAUUCUUCUGAAGUGUUCAGUGACAGUGGAGCUUGUGGAAGCUCACUGUUUAUUGCAUGGAAACAAGGGGAAUACAUGCCAUUUCAGUGUCAGUAAAGACUACCCACCUCUAUUAGCCUCACUUCAGUUUGUGAUGCAGCAUUCCCUGCAUCAGUGAUAAUACAGCUGUUAUCCACUUAAGUAGUGUGUUCAUCAGACCUGCAGUGCUAGUUUUUAAGAAGCAGUUAUUGUGCUUGCUCCCUAAGGAUGGAAUGUGUAUCUGAUACUGCACUUUGCUUUUGAUCUUCAUAGUCAUAUUAAAUGCACUAUUGUUGCUUCUAAUGGUAAAAUAACACUGAAUGGAUGAAAGAUGUUAAUACAGCUUCAAAGGAAUUAAGAACAUUUAAAUAUUGAAGUCUGUGUGCACAUGUGGGUUUUUACCAGUUCACAAAUGUUGUGUUGCGUAUGCUUGUAUUCAGAAAGGUCUACUCACUUCUUCCAUUGCUAAUCCCUUAAACAUUUCUAAGCAUUAGGAGGGAGGAUUUAUUUUCGUAUAUAAAAAUUAACAGAAGCAAGUCACUUGAAGAACAGCCCUGUUUUGUCAAAGUAAAUUCAAAUGCCUCUGUUGGUUAACUUUUUAUGUAGAGAGAAUAAAUAUUUUAUGAUUUAGUACACUAUAGGUAAAAAAUAAGAAUCACCUUUUCAGAAAUACAUGAAAAAUUUAAAGAUCUUAAAUUGCUAACUGUAAGUUAGCUAUUUGGAAGCUUGGAAUGUAUGUAGUAAUUUGGCUCACCAGAACUGAACUUCGUGAUGCACUGAUUAACUGGCAGGGCUUAUUCAGUGAGAAACAGGAUGCACAUGCAGCAGCUGGAAGCCUGCCAUGAAUCUGAAAACAUUAUGUCUUCCAUGAAUCAGUUGAGCUGUCUGCAGGCUACUUCUAUAUAGAAAAUGUGAGUAGAGGCUUGUGCUUUGCCAUGGUGUGAGCUGUAGAAAAGUAUAGCAGUGACACCUUCUUGGGAAGGAGUUUAAGUCAGAAGAGGUUGAGGAGGAGAAAUCUCCUAGAUCUCAUGCAUUUUGACAACCUAACUACCACUUAGUUUUAACCUUUUCUUUAGAAAAAGAAGUCUUCCUUGGCCGAAAAAAAUACGGGCAGUGUAUAGGAGACAAUUCCAAGUUUGGAAUAAAUUGGAAUCUUUAUUGCAUAUCAUCCUCACUUAAAGAGAAGAUGCUUACUUCUUUCAUGCCCUUCUGGUAAGACUACAGACUUUUGUGUGCCUUUACUGUAUUAAGAGGAAGGCUUAGUUUAAUUUUGACACACUUCCUGUUUCAGCAGUAAUUUGACAUUUUCCUUCUUACCUAAAUAGAAACAGACACAGAUUAUGGCUCUGUCUGACUCGCUGUUAGGGACUUCUCGGGUCCAUUCAAGUCAUGUAGAUUAGGACUCUUCAGUUCCUAAAACAAAAUAGUCUCAAAAAGGAAUGGUAAAAUGGUGUCAAAAUCACGAGAUGGGCUGAUACGAGUUCCUCGGGUGUAAAACAGGAUUGUGUGUAUUUCUUUGCAGUGUUCUUAUUUCACAUGGCUUUCUCAUGCAUUUAAGUAUCAGUGUUUUUGAGAAAGAUGGCUUUUGAUACUCUCAAGUGGAGCUAAACUUCAUCUACGUGCUGGUGAGAUGUGUAACUGUACAGGAGAAGUGAAAUAAAGAACACUGAAGUGUAA